CCCUUGUGUUUACCGAUUCAGAGAGAAUGAGAGAGGUUUCGAGGGCACAUUCAUGGUUGCUGCUAAGAUUUCUUACACAAAGGUCAGUUCUUUCAAUUGGUCUUUCUCUAAAUCAGUAGCUUUUCCUUCAAAUGUUUCGGUUGAUAUCAAGAAUUGUUGAUCUCCAUACUAGGGCCUCCUCCAGUAUUAGAAUUUCAUCCCAUUUUGUUCAAUACACUCCAUUUUCGUCAUCAUCAUCAAGAACCCUAAAAUCCAAAUCGAACGAUGCGGAUAAGCACUCAUUUGCAGUUUCUUAUCUCAUAGAUAAAUUCGGGUUCUCACCAGAAAAAGCUGUCUCGGCUUCCAAGUAUUUGAAUUUCAAGACCCCUGAUAAACCCGACUCCGUGUUGUCGUUCUUGAAAGAUCAUGGCUUUACAGACAGGCAGAUCUUGAAUGUUGUCAAAAAGCUACCUAGUCUUCUCGUAAGUGAUCCCAAAAGGACCCUUUUGCCCAAGAUUGAGUUUUCCCGGUCUUUGGGUUUCUCACAGGACACUCUAACUACUAUACUAAGUGCAAGUCCCACUCUUUUUAAGAGCAGUGUGGAAAAAUGUCUUGUGCCAUCCUUGAAUUUGCUUAGGACUAUGAUUCCCGAAGAACGAGCGUUGAUGACUUCCUUAAAGAGCUGUAUACGCCUCCUUUCUCACGAUCUCAAGCGUAAUUGGGAACCUAAUAUUCAGCUCUUAAGAGAGACUGGAGUUCCGGAGUCGAAUAUAGUUUACUUGUUGAAAUACCAGCCUAGGGCAUUCCUUUAUGACAGAGAUAAGUUUAGGAAGCUUGUGGAGAAAGUGAAGGAAUUAGAGGUUGACACGAAACAAGUAAGCUUUGUUAUUGUACUUAAGGCGAUGAGGAUGGGCAGAUUGACUUGGGGAAAGAAGAUGGAGAUCUUUAAGAACGCGGGCAUGUCUGAAGAUGAGGUUUUGGAGUCUUUUAGGAAGUAUCCUUGGUUGAUGAUGAUUUCUCAGGAGAAGCUUGUGAGGCUCUUGGAUUUUCUCGUCAAUAAAAUGGGGUUGGAAUCCUCGAUUCUUUUAAGAAGACCGCAACUUAGUUCGUUUAGCUUGGAGAAGAGGAUUAUUCCUAGAUGUGUAGUUUAUCAAGCUCUGUUGGAAAGGGGUCUGGUCAAGGAGGAUGGCAGCCUGUUACUUUACAUUUUGAACGCUACCGAACCUAAAUUUCUACAGAAGUUUGUGAAAUGUCAUGGGGAGCAUGCUCCCACACUGCUAAAGAUAUAUCAGGAUUCACAAGAAGUAGGCUUUUCCCAAUUAUCUCGAGAAUUAGUUUAAUGUUUUUUUUUUUUGGUUCUUUUUUUAAAUGUUGUAGUAAAAGCAUUCAAGAUUGCUUUUUGGAUGAUAAUGAGCAUCACUGGAUUCUAAUUUGGGAAUUUAUUAUCGUGGCUGCUGCUUCCUCUUCUCUGUAUCUUUUAUUUUAUGGGUUCUCAAUUGCAUAUUUCUAUCAUUUUGUUGCAAAAUUUUGUUUCCCUAAUGGAUUGUUAAGAUCUAUGUUAGAUGCAA